AUAUCGAAUUCAGAGUUGGGCAUAUAUUAUUUAAGACUCCUCCUGUUACUAAUAAGGAGCCUUGAAUUCUUUUAGAUAUACGCAUAAUUAGCCCGACAUAUAUUUGGAGGCACUGCUGAGAGCGAGAUUAUUUUCUCAUAUUGGUACAAAUAGUGAAAAACCAUUCCAAUACUUCUGUCAAGCUAAUUAUUUUGUUUAUUAAUUGAGACCAUGAGUGUUGCAAGCAGUGAGAAUGGGAAUACCCCAGAGCAAAUGAUCCACAGAAUUGUUGAAUUCAUAUAUACACGGGUAAAAUUUGAUAUAGGAAUGGAUGUUUGGAUUAAUGAUUUGAAGAGGAAUGCUAGAGCAGACCUUAAUGAUAUCUGGGCAACAGACGGCCUGGUUGAACGCUAUUUAACAUGUAUGAACUUAGCCUCUAACAGUUCAGACAAAGAAAAAAAAUUAAUAUGUGCCCUACCUCCUGUUUUAUAUGCAUUAAUGGAGGUAGAUACCCUAUCAAAAGCUAGAAAAGAAAAUGUAGAAAAAUUGAGGUCUCAGUUACAUGAGAUAGAAUCAGAUAUCCAACAUAUGAAAUCUGAUAAAAACCAAUUAGAGAUAGAUAUCUCAAACAAGGAAGCUUUUAUUAGGGAUUUAGAAACUGAUGCUGAACGUAGUCGCAUAGCAUACUGUAAGCUCAGAAAGGAUUUCGAAGAAUUACGGCAACAGUACAUUAAAAGUCAACAGUCAGGUGUAUAUGGUGUGGAGAGAUCUCCUGAUCCUCCAAUAAUCACUCCCCAAUAUAAAAAUUGGGCACCAUAUAUUUCUAGAGCCAAACCAAUUGAUAAUGUUGAUUCAGAGGCACAAGAUGUUUUGGGCCGGUUGGCUGAAGCUUGCCAAGCUGUGACCACCGUGAUAGGUAAUCACAGAACAAGGGUCCUUAGAGAUUCUUCUUCAGACACGUCCCCAGAGAGGAAUGUGAGGAAUGUGCGAAAUCAAAUACCUAUGUCAAAUGUAUCCCAUAGAAGUAGUGUUUCCAAUACUGAUGCAAGUGAAGUUGAGAGUGAUGAGAGAGCAUGGGGAUCCGGUCCUUUCCCAAACAGGGGGAAGAAUACCCAUAAGAGGGGUUCAAAAGGGAAAAAUCCCCAAUCUCCAAAAGAAAAACAAAAUUCUGCCAGCAUAAUUAAAUUUUUAAAUACUGCUAUACCAAAAUUUUCUAAGAAAGGUUCUUCCCAAAUUGCAAACCACUUAGAACUAUAUGAAUCUACUAUAGAUUCAUUAAAAUUAUCUGAGGCAGACAAAAUCAGGUUUCUUCCAUGGGCCUUUGAUGACAGAUACCGUCAUUACUUUUCCUCCUUUAAAGAGAGAGGAAUCACCAAAUGGCAGUCAGUCCUACAUGAAAUUAAAUCAGAAUUUGGGCCCUAUCGAACUACCACUGCCGCAAAGAGAGAAAUUUAUAAACUUACAUGUAGAUCUAAUCAAAGCCCUCGAGAAUUUCUCUCUGUACUUAAAAAUGCCUAUGGUUUAGCUUACAGAAACCCUGAUUGGGAAUCUGUGGAAUUUAAACAAGUAUUCUAUGAGGCCUUACCAACCCAGAUCAAAUUAAGUCUAGCUCAUGAUCUGGAUUUUGAAAACCCUCUAGAAAGACUGGUAACAUCAGCAACUUUGCUGUUUAAUAUUAGUGAGGGCCAAAACUUAAAUGAUAGGAAAUUUAAAAAAUUCCCAGAGCACAAUGUUGAUGAGUCCGGGGUAAAAUCUCAUUUAAAUUUUGAGUCCCAGCCAAAGAAAAUACCUUCAGCCACUGGACCUAAUCAGCAAAACCAAAAACAGCUAAAUCCCAGAAAAACUAAACCUCAAAUUGCCAAGGGGUCAGAAGGAAAUAGUUCAGGUUCUGGAAGCCAAGGUUACUGUCCUCGUUUCAACCAAGGAAGCCAAGGAUACCGAGGUAACCAAAGAUAUGGGGGUUACCAUGGAUACCGAGGUAACCAAAGAUAUGGGGGUUACCAAGGAUAUCGGGAUCCCCAGGGAUACAAACGUUGGAACAAUAGGCCCAGGCAGCAAUGGAGAAAAGGGCAGGAAUCACCAGAUUCACCCAGGGGUAAAUCACCCACAGGGAAUCAAAAUGGUCCACAGAAUCAAAACCCAGGUAGACCUAGCAGAUUUGAUCAGCUUGCAGAUCAGGUUUCCAAGUUAACUGACAUUGUAAGUAAAUUAUCUCAAGUUUCUGCAGGAAAACAACCUGAAGUUUUUUUAGAGGUAAAAGCGGGGCCAAGCUCCGCCAAAUAAAGGAAGCAGAACCAAAUUGCUAUAUGGAAAUGGACAGGAAAGAAUUAAAUACAAUCAAUGAUCAUGUUUUGCAUUGCCCCGACCCUGAAUUCAGGGCCGGGAAGGGAAAAUCUAAUAUUUCAUCUGUUUUACAGCCUAAUAAGGACAAUUCUUAUAAUCCGGUGUUAUUUGAACCAGUGUGUGAAGUACCUUCGGUUCAGUCUGUUCCAUUUAUAGAAUCCAUAGGAACACAAAUGCCCUGCAGACAGAACAAGGAGGAGCAAUCUCCAAAUAUCCUGACGC